AUGGCCGCUGACAUCGUCCCGGUGACAACGAGUACAACUCCGAUAACAACGACAACUCACGAAGAGUCUCAAGAAGAAAUCGUUGAGAUCACUGUCACCGAUGAGGCGAUCACUGAGGAUUCGUUCUCUUCGUCGGCUUCACCGGGCUUUCAGAUGCCACAAAUUCCACAAGGAUUUGCUGCUGACAUGGCCAACCCUAUGUUCACUCCCACAUCUAGC